AUGACUUCUCAAACAUGGAUAUUAAUAGCGUUUAUCCUCCCUAUAUCUUACACUUGGGCUCAGCUUAAUUGUGCUGAAGCCCCAACCCCAUCGUUGAAGAUUAUUUGCGAACAGCUGACUCGAUGGGACAAAAAUGCCAGAGUAAGUUAAUGUAAGGUCAAGUGUACGGUUGUUUAGAGUGAAAAUAUGUCAAUUGUUGUAUUAUGCAACCUAUAAAAGAUUUGAUGACAUAAAAAUAUCUUGACAAAAGUUAUCUUAGAAUUAUGCAUAACAUCAGAGUGAUUUAUAGGCGAGUCCGGCAGCCAAGAACCCCACAUCCAGAGUGGCUUUACCCCCAGGCAUUGACCCCAGUAUGGCCACGCAAGGCUUUGAUCUUCCCACUCAACCAACCACGCUGGAACAAUGCACUGACCUUGGAUGUGUUUGCAGCUUCUUAGGAGGUAAUGUGACGUCUUAAAAAUACCCCACCAACUUUCGCUUUGCCUCUUAUUGAAGUUCUUACAUCCUUACGUAUUUUAGGGUCUGGCGGGAGUUCCUGUACUUUGAGGAAUGGUCAGCCUCUUCGAAAGGCCAUUCGAAAAGAAUACAGGACCCUGACGGAUGACGAAAGACAAAGAUAUCAUGCUGCAGUGAGGACGAUCAAGAAUAAUGGAGCUUACGGGAGAAUCAGCAAGGUGCAUUCGGACUUUGCGACUUCCGGAGCUGCUCAUUCUGGGCCGGCCUUCUUAGCGUGGCACAGGGAAUUUAUCAAACGGUAAGUUUCAUAAGCUUUAAUACUCAGAAUUCGUUUAAAAUGAUGUUUGCCAGGAGAAGAUCUCAAGGGAAAUCUGUUGAAAUUGUCAUAUAAACCUCUUGCUUUGAUUUCUAAUGUAAUUACAGAUACGAAUUGGCCCUCCGAGCCGUCGAUCCAACUGUCGCUCUUCCUUAUUGGGACUCAGUAUUAGAUAACAACCUUCCCCGCCCUCAAGAUUCAAUUUUGUGGACCAAUGACUUUGCCGGUACCACUGACGCCAGCGGAAAUGUUGUCGGAGGACCGUUUGCGCCCUGGACCACUAUGGAUGUAAGUUGAAACUAAACUCGGGUUACGAUAAUUGAUUAAAUAAGAAAUUGAUUUUUUUACUUUGAACCUACCAUUAGAUGACUAAUUUUUUCAGAACCGACCUAACGCCCGCCGUGCCGUCGGAGCUCAAGGAUCUCUCUUCCGCGAGACCGAGAUCGCCUACGUAAUGGCCCAGACUCAGGUCGAGAAUGUCAUGGCCUACUCUGCUCCCCGUCAAGGAUGUCCCAUCAGAGCAGACUGGAAUUGGCUUGAAUAUACUCACGGAAAUGUCCAUAUCUAUGUUGGAGGAGAUAUGCUGGAUCAGUCUACAUCUUCCAACGAUCCCAUCUUCUUCAUGCAUCAUUCAUUCGUGGAUCUAAUUUGGGAAAUGUGGCGACAAAGCAGACAGGUAGGAUAAUAUAAUUUUAUGUCGAGAAAAUUAUGAUUCGAGAAAAAAUUGUGAUAAAUUGAUUGAAACAAUAAACCUAUACUAACACAACGUUUUCUUUUAGACCAGAGCCCAACGCGAAUCGGAUUACCCAGUAGACAUGCAGGCCUGUUCCGCUCCUCAGCACUUCAACGGCGCUUCAAUGGCCCCAUUCACUCCUUGGUAUAACCGAGAUGGUCUUUCUAACAGAUACACCGACUUUAUGUAUGAAUAUGCUCCAAGACCCACUUGCCCAUCAUGUGGAGGUAGCAAGUACUUGUUCUGUAUGAGAAGUGGAGGACAGCCACGAUGCGCAGCCAAGGUGAAGGUCGGCGGAUCUUGUACUGGACUUAAUGAAGGUAACUCGACUUUUUAACGCUCAUCAAAAAGGCCAUUAUGCCUUUUACCACUUUUUUUUUAAUUUUGGAACACUUAUUUAUUGGAGUAAUUAAAAUCAUCCUUUCCUUUCCAGCCGACCAACCCUGUUUCAAUGGCGCUUGCCGUGGCGGAAUUUGCGUCCAAACAGUCCAGACUACCCCCACCCCAGCCACCACCCAAUCCCCCGUUAUUACACCCAUCGUUCCCCCACAAACCGAUGAGACCUGCUUCAAUGAGAACGAAUGUUGUUCCAUAUGGCAAGGUCAAGGCGAAUGCGGAAAGAACCCUGGAUAUAUGAGCUCUUGGUGUAAGGCCUCAUGUGGAACCUGUCGUCCCAAGUACAAUCUUGGAGUCGAGUGUUCGGAUCGUCAUCCAAACUGCGUGACUUGGUCGCGUCAAGGAGAAUGUUCGAAAAAUAAAAAUUGGAUGUUCGAGAAUUGUCGCAAAUCAUGCGCACGGUGCAGUUCCCCUCGAGCAAGUGUCUGCGGAGGUGGGCAGAGUGUUCAACCAGCGAGGCCAGCACCCACUAGUGGAUGGGCGAGCAAGUGCACGUCUCCGGGAUGCUUCAACGAAAACAUUUGUUGCUCGAUCUGGGCCAUGGACGGACAAUGCCGAACAAAUGCCACUUGGAUGGCGUGUAAUUGCAAGGUUAGCUGUGGGGGAUGUGUCCCGCAAGAGUAUGUGUAUGGAAGUGAGUUUAGAUCCAAGUUGGAUUACAAUGACUAGUCUCAAAUAACAAUUAAGCGUAUCUUCAGCCUGUACCGAUUACAACAAUAAAUGUUCGGGAUGGGCGCGAGCCGGCGAAUGCAACAAGAACCCCUGGAUGAAGGAGAACUGCCGCGCCUCUUGCCAGACCUGUCUCAACGGUCAAGAACUGCGUUCCAUUUGUCGUAGCGGAGGCUCAAUCCCCACCCGGACUUCAGCUCAAUUCAAUCAAGGCUGGGGCCGACCUCCCCCGCCCCCUCCAUUCGGAGGAUUCGGAUUCGAUGGAAUUGACGUGGGACCCUUCGCUUUCCGAUGGGGCAGAGACGUGGAACAUGUUGGAGGAGCUCCAGCUGAGAAUCUGGCAGAGUAAUUUAUCAGAAAAGGCCUUCAGUUACAUUGUAAUCCGGUAGUUGUCAAGCAAUUGUUUUUAAUAAAUGAAUUACAUUCUUCGGGAGAAUAAUGUACUAAGAAUCUCGUUUUAACGACCUCUUGAGCCCGUCGCCGUUCCGUCUUCCUCCCCAUUCCCAUCUUAAUCAACCCAUCGUAUGUCCGACAAUCCGUUUAACACAUUUGGUGAUUAAUUUACUCCAGUUUUCCGUUUUCAGAAACCGGAUCCGAAAAAUUUUUACAAAAGUGGAAAACAAAAUAAGUUAUUCACCGUAAAUGUGCAGACAAAAGCUACCUAGAAACACACUAGCAUUAAAAUUUAUCAGCACAAAUUGAUAGAUAGUUGUCAUCAACUCAACGCAAGAAUUUCUCAUCAUUUCAAUCCUUGUCGCUAAAAAUUAAUGAUCCCAAAUAAACGCAUUCCCCAAGGUAUUAAGUUCCGGAUUGAUUCCCUGCCCUGGAUAUUCGAUAUCAACGGCACUUAAAAAAAGUGAAAUCGCCGAAAAUUGGGGCGGCGACGGAAAUCAGAUAAAUAAAUCCUGCCUGCAGCGGUUUUUUCGGCAUUCCCACCCCCGAUCUUCGCACAACGACGGUAAGUUCUCAAAAGCUGAAUUUUACAUUGUAUAAUUGCUAUUAGAAGUAUAAUAUUCGAGCUCUUUUUAGAGAAUGGAGGGUCUGUAUGAGAGCGAGGACCAACGUCAGAUGCGACGAGUCGCUUUCAUCGCUACCGUCAUCUCGACUCUGGCCGUGAUCGCUUCAAUUGUCACUCUCCCCAUCAUGUACACUUACGUCCAACACUUCCAAUCUCAUAUCACAAUUGAGACCGAGUUUUGCAAAGCCAGAUCUCGCGACAUUACUUUGGAAAUGCAUCAACUCCAACUCCAUCAACGAAGAGCCAAACGACAAAGCUACGGAGCGCCCGCUUCCACUGGCUAUGGCCCAAUUUCAAACCCCGAACCAGCCGGCUGUUGUCCUUGCCAACAAGGACCACCUGGCCCACCAGGAGAGCCUGGAGAUGAGGGAACUCCCGGUACCGAUGGAACAGCAGGAGCGGAUGGAGCGCCAGGAAAGGAAGGACAGAUCUUAUCGAGUGCCCUGCCACCUAAGGAACCUUGCAUUAUCUGCCCGCCUGGAGCACCUGGAUCAGUCGGACCUCCAGGACCUAAAGGACCUGUCGGGCCCAAAGGUAAGAUAAUACAAUUUUUUUUAAAUCUUGGUUUUAACUGCUACCUCAAUCUGACAAGUAAAAUAUAAAUUAUUUUCAGGAAAGCCAGGAGACAAGGCUCCAGACGGCAAAAAAGGAGAGACUGGACUACCUGGACCCCAAGGAGCACCAGGACCACUUGGCCCACCAGGUCCCCCCGGACCUCAAGGAGCUCCAGGCCGUGUUACCCAAGUCAACGGACCAGCGGGACCCGCCGGAGAGCCAGGGACUCAGGGACCCCCCGGUGCCAAAGGAGAACCCGGACCUGAUGGAGUCCCAGGCUCCGAGGGCAGCAUUGGAGAACCCGGUCCGACCGGAGCUAUUGGAGCACCAGGCAACCGAGGACAGCCCGGACCAACCGGCCCACCAGGAGAAAGAGGGCCGGAAGGACCUUGCGAUCAUUGUCCCGAACCAAGAACUCCACCUGGAUAUUAG